AAGAAGAAGAACCUGCGGCAGCAGCAACAACACAAUGGAAUAGACUGUCUGGUUCUGUUAGCAGAGUUAGCUUCGUUGUGUCUUCUGAGCUGAGUGUUUGUGUCUUUGCUGCAACAAUGUCUUCAUCUCAGUCUCUGAGAGAGUUUAUCAGGGAGCGACUGACCGCUGCUGCUGAAGAAAUAUUCUCAGAGUUUGAUAAAACCAUCGUCCACUACGAGGAAGAGCUGGACCGUCAGCGCAGACUGCUGGAAAUCAGCUUGAAACCCCAGAUAAACCUGCAGAGAAUAGUUCUCCCACAGCAUUAUGUUUGGAAAGAGGAAGAAGUUCCCACUGACCAUCACUUCAGCAACCUAGAGAGUAACUCCAGUUUGGACCAAGAGGAGUCACAUCCUUUUUGCACAAAGGAGGAACUGGGGAAACCUGAACCUCAACAGAAGAAAGAAAGCCGGGCCAAACUUGAAACACCACAAAUAAUGGAGGACCAGGUAGACCCAGAACAUCCAGCAAUUAAGACCGAGCAGGAGGAACUCUAUAUUAGUCUGGAGAAAGAGCAGGUUGAACAACAGCAGUCAAUUGAUUCCUUUACACUAGUCACUGUUUGUGAGGAAACGGACCACAGGGAACUAGAAUCAUACAAGGACCAACUCAUCGCUCAGAUUUCCAAAAUGUCUGAGAAACAAAAUCAAGAAAGGAGCGACCUUGAAGAUUCAGGAUCAAGUAGCAAUGAAGAAAAUAAGAGUUUUCAGCAAAUCCAAGGUGAUGUUGAGGAUGUAGACAAUACAGAAGUGGAAAGACAGAAGACAGUGCUCAUAAAUGACAGCAUUUCAGCUUGUAAAAUUUGUGGUAAAAGUUUUUCUAAGAGGUAUUUGACUGAACACAUGAGAAUUCACAGAGGCGAUAAACCUUUCUCAUGUGUGACUUGUGGAAAAAAAUUCAGCUAUAAAGCAGGUUUAUGCCAACACACAAGAACUCAUACAGGUGAGAAGCCUUUUUGCUGUGCGACUUGUGGAUCACGUUUUUAUCGCAGGAGUAGUUUCGCUGAUCACAAGAAAACUCACUCAGGUGAGAAACCUUUCUCAUGUUUGACCUGUGGAAAAACUUUCAGCCUGAAAAGAAAUUUAUCUCGGCACAUAAGAACUCAUACAGGUGAGAAGCCUUUCUCAUGUUUAACUUGUGGAAAAAGAUUCAGCGAUAGACCAAGUUUAUCUCAGCACAUAAAGAUUCAUACGGGUGAGAAGCCUUUUUCCUGUUUGACUUGUGGAAAACGUUUUAAUCGCAAAAGUCAUUUGACUAAUCAUAUGAAAACAUACAGAUGUAAGCAAGUGAAAUCUGAUACUCUCAAGUGUGGGGGUAUUUCAAUAAUGCCAGGUGGAAAGUUGAGCAUCGUAGGUAAUCAUUAAAUAGGUUUUGAUAUGACAUGUGCAUGAGCUCGUAAUACAUUUAGUGCAGUUUUCUUAUUUAACCUGGUAAGCCAGACUGAUGAUGUGGAGCACUCUAUGUUCUUCACAUUAUCACUCUGGGACUGCUUCUAUCGGAUCUGUUUGGGUAAAGGAGGGACAUUGGUUGGUUUUAGCCAAUCACGGUAAAAUGAAAAUGUUAGCAGCUGGUGGCAUGAGAAACCACAACAAGGUAAGCUAGUGAAGGAAGGGUUAGGGUUACUUCAUGCUAUUCUCCUUCAAAGAAGAAGUCGUGGAUUCUUACAAACCAGAUGUGAUAGCAGCAGCUACGUGUUUGCCUUCCUGUGCUGCCAUGUUCAUGUUGGUUCAGCUGUGGGCUCGGCAGCUCUCAUUGUCACAGCUGAAAUGUCCCGCCUUAAACCAUAAUGCUACAACUGACUUUGGUUCUGUCACAAACGGUUGAAGCUGGAGCGGUAUAAGAUGAAUUCUUGUGUGUUUAUGAAUGCACAAAUACCGUGAGGAUUCAUCUUGCAGGCAAGGUUAAUGUUUUGGUCCAUGCUCCUCCAUAAGCAGCCCUGUUUGAAGAUCAGAAAGGUUACCUCUUAUUAGUUUGCUGCUAGAACUUUAAGACAAUGUUGUCCUCCGGCUACAGGAACAUAAUUGUUUCUUUUGAACAUUUUAAAAUAAUUUUAUUGGUCUGUGUUUUAUCUCCUCUCUGCCCAGCUCUCUCUCUUCAAGGACACCAAUCUUGUUUUUUCUGUUCUAGUAGAUUUAAAAAGAAAUCUUCCGAUCAUUUGAUUAAAGCCAUUGAUCACAGAGAUUAAAAAGUAGGCAAACAGUUUGAUUGUACAAAGGUCUUAAGAAAAGAGAACAUAAAAACCAAAGCAUUAUGAGCAGUACAAACUGUUUCUUUACAUACUGUAUAUGAUAUAAAUAGACAGUUAUAGUUUGCUGUUUAUUAAGUGAACUUGAUUAUGAUGGAAGCAUUGGGAAUUAAUUUAAGAUCCCUUGUUUGUACCCACAAACAAGGAAUAAGUAAUCACAGUAAAAGUGAUCAAAAUGAGACAGUUUUUAUUUGAAGUAGAUUUUUUCUUUUUCUUUUGGAUCAUGUUGAUAAAGUAAUAGAUUAGAAAGAAGUGAAACAGUUCCAUUGUAAAAAGUUAUUAGUCAGGAAAAGCGAAACAUAAAAACAAAUAAUGUCUUUCCAUACUGUAUAUGAUGUGAAAUGACGUUAUAUAUUGUAGUUUGCUGUUACCUAAGCUUGAUUAUGAUAUGAACAUUGGAAACCAAAUUCAAAUUCCUUGUCUGUUCCCACAAACUUCGCUAAUAAACUUGACUCUGAUUAUCACAAAAUCUUUAUCUUUCCUCACUUUAACAUUUCUUCACAAUAAAUGUUUCCUCUAGGUCAACGAGAAUUAGUAUUUUUUCUCUAUUUGUUAGAUGUUUGGACACUCAAUGAAAUCUUGAAGUUCUCAUAC